AUGACGCGAACCUUCAUCCGCUGGGACGACCCGUCCAUCGAAUCCGGCGCUGGACCUACCGAAGACGACCUGAUCAACCAAGUCGCCAAGCAGAUCCAAACCGCCCAAACCUGUGUCUGGGAAACUCACCGUCACGCCUUCUCCGGCACGCACGUCAAAACGCAAGGUAUCGUCAAGGGCACACUCACCGUCCUGCCCGACCUCGAGUCGCACCUCUACCAAGGACUCUUUUCCACGCCCAAUUCUACCUUCCCCAUCGCACUUCGCUACUCGACCGAAACAACGGAUUUGAUCGACGAUCGAGUUCCGCAACCUCGUGGAAUCGGUAUCAAAGUGUUCAAUGCCAAGGGACCGAAGCUUCGACAGGAUGGUAAGGAUCCGCAGACGCAGGACUUUGAAUUCAACUCUUGCGCCUUUCUCGAGCUGGGCAACGCACGAACCUGUCGAGACAUCAUCGCUCUUCGACUUCUCCACGGUGCAGACGGCAAAGGCCUGGACGAAGACCUUCGAAAGAGGGAAGACUACAAGGUGCAAAAUGCCAGAAACGUCGCUCCCAACGUUCACCUCGUCGCUCAACGUCAAUACUCCCAAGCAGCCAUCCGAUACGGCGAUCACGUGGUCAAGUAUCGUCUCCUCCCCACCAGCGAUGCUCAACUAGCCCUCACCAACAAAACCGUCACAGAGAACGACAAAGGAAACACCGUCCUCAAAGAUUGGCUCCAGGAGUACUUCCAAUCCAACGAGGCAACGUACGACUUCCAAGUGCAAUUCCUGGAAAACCUCGACGAGCAACCGAUCGAAGACGUACGCGUCGAAUGGGACCAACAGAAAUACCCCUUCGUCACAGUCGCUAAAGUGUCGUUGCCCGCGCAGGAAUCCUUCCCGCCCAAAAGGGUCAGCUUCUGGGAAGACCACAACCGGCUGGACGUCUGGCACGGCUUGCAGGAUCACAAACCCCUCGGUUCGAUCAACAGGUUGAGAAAGGGCGUGUACAAGGCCUCCGCUGCCUUCAGGAGGAAGAUGAAUGGAAGACAGGAGGUGGUCGUCGAUGAUAUUUCGCAAAUCCCAGACUGA